AGUCUCACUAAUAAAAAAAACCGGAAAAAAAAGAAUCACGCUGUUUUUUUUUUGGGUUUGAAGUCAAUGAUAUCUAGGUUUGGUACCUAAAACCCCUGUAAUCCCAAAACCCUGAUAUCUAGGUUUGUGAAUUCGAAGGUGACCAACAGAAAUGGGCAAAAAGAAUAAGAGAACCGAAGCGGAAGCACCACCCCAACCUGAAAUCAAACCCGACGAGAAGAAGAAGAAGAGCAAGAAACCCAAACCCGACACAUCCCCCGCCGUGAUUCCCACCGUCACCGUCGCCAUCGCCGGCUCCAUCAUCCACAACGCUCAAUCCAUCGAACUCGCCACUCGGCUCGCCGGUCAGAUUGCUCGUGCCGUCACGAUUUUCCGAGUCGACGAGGUGGUUGUGUUUGACAAUAACGGUGAGACUGGCCCGCCGGAAGAUACUAAUUCCGAUGAGAAUGAAAGCGGGGCUGCAUUUCUUAUACGGAUCUUGCGGUACCUCGAGACGCCGCAAUAUUUGCGAAAAGCUCUGUUUCCGAAGCAUAAUAGCUUAAGAUUUGUGGGUUUGUUGCCUCCGCUUGACGCGCCGCACCAUCUGCGUAAGCACGAAUGGGGUGUAUAUCGGGAAGGUGCCACACUGAAGGAAAGAUCUCCAGAUGGUGUUGGGACAUUGGUUGAUGUGGGCUUGAGUAAGAAUGUCGUUGUUGAUCAAGUACUUGAUCCUGGAACAAGAGUAACUGUAGCUAUGGGAGACAGUUGGAAUUUGGAUGCUGAUAUAUCACGGCAGGUUGUAUCAUCGUCCAAGCCAAGGGAAGAAGCAGGGAUGUAUUGGGGGUACAAAGUGCGCUAUGCUUCCAAUAUCACUUCGGUAAUGACUGAAUGUCCGUACGAGGGUGGCUAUGAUCAUUUGAUUGGAACCUCAGAGCAUGGUCAAAUUAUCAGUUCUUCUGAUCUCACUAUACCUACGUUCAGGCAUCUAUUGAUUGCUUUUGGUGGACUUGCUGGCUUGGAAGAGAGCAUUGAAGAGGAUCAUAACUUAAAGGAAAAGAAUGUUCGGGAGGUGUUUGAUAUAUAUUUAAACACAUGUCCGCAUCAGGGGAGUCGAACAAUACGAACCGAGGAAGCGAUUUUAAUUUCGCUUCAGUAUUUCCAAGAGCCAAUCAACAGAGCAGUGCAGAGAAGUUAGUCCACGAUUAGAAUCAAGAUCUUAAGGAAUUUAUCCUGCUACUUCAGAUUGUUACCUUUUGCUGCAAACAGUGGUAGGAUUAGCAAGUUUUGUGACAGAAGAUUAGCCUCUUUUUGCUCAUCAAUUUUCUGUUUCCAGCUGGUUCAUCUGUAAGCUAUGUGUUUUAGUGU